CAAUAUUUCGCCGUCAAAGCCCGUGUGCUUUAACCACACAGGCUCUGACAAGGAAGUGACCGACUAGCCUGCAAACUGCUGUCAAGAUGGCACCGAGUGGGCUGAAGGCGGUAGUUGGAGAAAAAAUCCUCAAUGGGGUCAUUAAGAGUGUGAAGAAGGACGGAGAAUGGAAGGUUCUCAUUGUGGACCAUAUGAGCAUGCGCAUUCUGUCCUCUUGCUGCAAGAUGUCUGAUAUUUUGGCAGAAGGGGUGACCAUUGUGGAAGACAUCAACAAACGUAGGGAACCCAUCUCUAGUUUGGAGGCAAUUUAUUUGAUUUCCCCAGUGGAGAAGUCUGUUCGUGCCCUAAUUAACGACUUCAAAGAUGCUGCCUUUACUUACAAAGCAGUACACAUCUUCUUCACUGACACUUGUCCAGAUGGUCUCUUUGCUGAGAUUGGGAGAUCCAGAGUUGCCAAAGUUGUCAAGACUUUAAAAGAGAUCAAUGUUGCUUUUCUGCCAUAUGAGUCUCAGGUAUUCUCCUUGGAUGACCCGGCCUCCUUGUACUCUUUCUAUAGUUCUAAGCCAAAUGAAGAAAAAGACAAAAUGAUCGAAAAUCUGGCUGAGCAAAUUGCAACUCUGUGUGACACACUUAAGGAGUACCCUGCAAUCCGUUACCGCAAGGGACCAGAGGAGAAUUUUAGACUCGCUGAUGAGGUCCAACAGCGCCUUAUUGCUCACAAAGCUGACAACCCAAGCAUGGGAGAGGGUGCAGAUAAGGCACGAUCCCAGUUGCUGAUUGUUGAUCGUGGGUUUGAUCCAAUCUCACCCAUUUUACAUGAGUUGACCUUCCAGGCAAUGGCCUACGACUUGCUAGAUAUCAAACAGGACAUCUAUACUUAUCAGACAACCGGAAUUGGGAAUUCAAAAGAGAGAGAAGUGUUAUUGGAUGAAGAUGAUGAGCUCUGGGUACAGCUCCGACAUUUGCACAUUGCAGAUGUCACCAAGUAAGUCUGUCACAAAUAGAUGAGUAUAUGUCACAUAUCUCCUCAUGAUUUCUCACUGUCAUCCUUCCCAACAUGUUCUGGUCCUUGCUUUCACCUGGUUAUAUGUUACAAAUUAAAACCACAUACCUUUUGCAUUUUCUUCAAGUUAGAAAUUGUAUAUUACACCCUACUGAUAAAUUAAAUACUCAAUUUAAUUAAAUACUUAAAAGUAUUAAGUUACAUUGUAAUGUCAUAUUUCGAUGAGAGUAAUGAAAAUAAUCCAUUCAUCUGCGAUAAUCAUAUUGAAGCCCUUUGUCAGAUUGCAAUAAAUUGAAGAUUUGGGUAAAUAUGGUGUAUAAUGAAUUCUGCCUGUGUAUGUAUAAAGCUGGCUUCCUAAUUUUGUUGAGAAAUGUCUACAUUUUCAAAAAGUCGGCAAAUUUAUGACUGCUGUUUUCCUUUAAACAAGCAUUAUGAUAAGUUAAAACACAAAAGUUAGUGGGAUGACUUUGAAAGGAUGUAUGAUAAGUGUGUUAAUAUUGUAUAAGAUAUAUAUAUUUUUUAAAACAACAAACAAUAUUACAAUAUCAUUGCUAAGUAAUAUUGUUAUAACUGAUUAGAUGUGGU